AAGUUGGAAUGCGUGUGAAAAGUUGGCUAUCAUUACAUAUCUUGAAAAAAAUCCUAUAGCAAGCAAACGGCACACUGCAGAAACAUUUGAAACAGUUAAAUACUGGUUCACAUCCAAAUAUCCACUUUUGGAAGAUGAGCUUAAAACCUGGAUCAGAUCUUUAUGUUCUGCUCAAAAAGUUGUAUCUCAAAAUAUGGUUAGAACUAAAGCAAAGCAACUCGCAAAACAAUCACGUUUUACUUCACUUUACCCGACGAUUAAUAAAUGCAAGUGGAGUGAUAAAUGGCUUUCAAGUUUUAUGCGUCGAAAUAGAUUUAGUAAUAGAUGUCGUACUACUGUUGCACAGAAGUUGCCCGAAGAGUUGGAACCUCUAAGAAAUGAAUUCUUGAAUUAU